ACACCACCGCAGAAUACGGUAGAAUUUGACGGGCGGGCGCGCAGUGUGUAAACAAUGUGAGCUUUCUGUGUCUAAUAAUAGAGGACACCACGAAGAAAGUGUUGGUUUGGGAGAUGUAUUUGGACAACGGUGACUUUUAUUUUCUUGGUUUAGGUCUGUUGAAGUUUGACAAAGUGACAGGUUUCCUACUCCAAGUGGUUUUAAAGCUUGUAUUUAAACUACUUAGCAUUUUUAGUUAACAUGCUAACAGUGGCGAGAGGCUGCUUUAUGUAAGAAGCGGCCAAGGCAUGCGAGUAGUGAACCUCCUCUCAAAACAUCUGCUUCGACUGGGACACCAGAGGCCACGUAUCCAGUUGAGGUGUCGUUCUCUGGCGCAAGACUCAUUGACAGCGUUAGACAUGAUGCGGAGGGGUCAGAUCAAGCGGGUCCUCUGCGUCGCCGAGAAGAAUGAUGCAGCCAGAGGCAUCUCCGAAAUCAUGUCCAAUGGCAUGUCCGUGAGGAGGGAAGGACUGUCCAGGUUUAACAAGAUCUAUGAGUAUGAAUAUCAUCUCUUUGGUCAGAAUGUGACAGUAGCAAUGACAUCAGUCUCAGGCCAUUUAUUGGGUCUUGAAUUUAAAGCUCCAUACCACAAAUGGCUCAGCUGCAAUCCAGUGCUGUUGUUUGAUGCCGAGGUCGAGAAGUAUUGUCCAGAUGGCAUGAUACAAAUUAAGCGUACAUUGGAAAAAGAGGUGAGACAAUGUCAGGCUUUAAUUAUCUGGACCGACUGCGACCGAGAAGGAGAGAACAUUGGCUUUGAAAUAAUCGACGUCUGUAAAGCAGUGAAGCCUAAUUUGCAAGUGUUUCGGGCAAAGUUUUCUGAAAUCACCCCCAACUCCAUUCGGAGAGCCUGCGAGACGCUAUCGGAGCCAGACGUUAACAUCAGCGAUGCCGUCGAUGUCCGCCAAGAGCUCGACCUGCGGAUAGGCGCAUCCUUCACACGAUUCCAGACCCUUCGCCUCCAGAAGAUCUUCCCGCUGUCUCUGGCCAAUCAGCUCAUCUCUUACGGCAGCUGCCAGUUUCCCACUCUGGGUUUCGUAGUGGAGCGUUUCAAAGCCAUCCAGGCUUUCGUUCCUGAGACUUUCUACAAGAUCAAGGUGCUGCAUGAAGUGGAGGAGGAAACUGUUGAGUUUGGGUGGAAGAGACACCGUCUCUUCAACCACACAGCUUGCCUAGUGCUUUACCAGAUCUGCAUGGAGGAUCCCUUAGCAACAGUCACCUCAGUCGCGAGCAAGCCCAAGAGCAAAUGGAGACCACUGCCAUUGGACACUGUGGAACUGGAAAAACUGGCAUCGCGAAAGCUUCGAAUAAGUGCGAAAGAGACCAUGAAAAUUGCGGAGAAACUUUACACACAAGGGUUUAUUAGCUACCCUCGCACGGAAACAAACAUUUUCCCAGCAUCCCUUGCUCUCAGACCUUUGGUGGAAGAGCAGAUGCAAAACCCUGACUGGGGGGCUUUCGCCCAGCGGGUGCUUGAGCAGCCCGGUGGUCCCAACCCACGACAGGGCAAAAAUUCUGACCAAGCCCAUCCCCCUAUUCACCCAACGAAACACAUCAACACACUGCAGGGAAAUGAAGGACGUGUGUAUGAGUUCGUUGUCCGGCAUUUCCUGGCUUGUUUAUCCCAGGAUGCUUUGGGGCAGGAGACAGUUGUGGACAUAGACAUCGCUCAGGAGAAGUUUUCCACUUCAGGACUCAUGAUAGUUGCGAGGAAUUACUUAGAUGUUUAUCCUUAUGACAGGUGGAGUGCAAAGGUGAUUCCAGUGUACGAACAAGGUUCCCAGUUCCAGCCGUCGGCCAUCGAGAUGGUGGACGGUCAGACGAGUCCUCCACAGCUGCUCACCGAAGCGGACCUCAUAUCACUGAUGGAGAAGCAUGGCAUCGGUACCGACGCGACACACGCAGACCACAUUGAAACCAUCAAAAGUCGCAUGUACGUGGGCUUGACGCCUGAUCAGAGAUUUCUUCCCGGCGAGCUUGGCAUGGGACUGGUGGAAGGUUACAACGCCAUGGGCUAUGAGAUGUCAAAACCACACCUGCGGGCUGAGUUGGAGGCAGACCUCAAGCUGGUAUCAGAGGGAAGGAAGGACAAAAGGAGCGUGUUGCAACACCACAUCCAGAAAUACAAGGCUGUCUUCAUCGAGUCGGUCAGGAAGGCCAAAAAGUUAGACGAAGCUCUGUCGCCGUAUUUGGGUGCUGCCCAGGAGAUCCCUGAAACUGAACAGCAAGACAUGGAGCUCCAGCUGCCUGUCAGGAAGUGUCCCCACUGUGGACGGGACAUGGUGCUGAGGAAGAGGAAGGAGGGAAACGGUAAGUUUCUGUCCUGCGUGGGCUUCCCAGCCUGCAAAACAGCCGUAUGGUUUCCUGAGACGGUGCUGGAGGUCAGCCGAGACGACAGCAUUUGUUCCACCUGCCAGCCGCGGCCCGUUCACAUGUUAAAGUUCAAGUUCCGUAGGGGCAGCCUUCCCGCCGUGAUGCCUUUAGAGUUUGUCGGCUGCAUCGGUGGAUGUGACGAGACUCUCCGAGAGGUGCUGGACCUUAAAUAUCUGCAAGCAGGAGGAGGUGGAGGAGGAGGGGGAGGAAGAGAGGACCCCUCAAGACCAGCACCACCCCGACCAUUAAGUUCAAACUCGAGGGCUUGUGUUCCACCCUCCACACGCUCUUGGACCCCGCAGCCUCGCCCACCACCAGGGGGCAAUGGCCUCAGCGAACGCAACAGCGAUGUCAUUGUGUGCAACUGUGGUGUGGAUGCAAUUUUGCUAAUUGUGCGCAAAGAAGGCCCCAACCAAGGACGGCAGUUCUACAAGUGCAAUUCGGGGGCUUGUAAUUUCUUUCUUUGGGCGGAUCAGCCCAGCCAUCAGGGGGCCCUGCAGAAUCAUUGGCCUCCUCCACCACCACAGCGGCCGCCUCCUCCACCCUCUCAAUUUCUGGCAAUCAGGAACACGGUCGGAGCAGGUGGCGGUGCACCUAAUGGAGGCGCUGGAGGUCUGAUGUGUAACUGUAAUGAGGCCACAGUGACUCGCACCGUGCAGAAGGACGGGCCCAACAAGGGACGGGUGUUCCACACCUGCGGGAAACCGAGAGACCAACAGUGUAACUUCUUCCAGUGGGCUGAUGAAAACCUCUUGGCACAAGGUGGCGGCCCGUUUAACAGCAACAGCGGCGGAGGGAAAAAGGGAAGGAAGCUAACGGGCGGCAAACCCCCCGCUGCCAAGAAACCUCGUUCCUGCGGCAUCUGCCACACGCCAGGACACACGCGCCUCACUUGUCCGCAGCGGUGACAGCUUGCACGCGCAGCUUUUGCACUCUGCGACUCGACUGGCUGCGUCUUUUACAAACAAUGCGACACCUGCGCAAACCCACCCGUGUGCCUUCUUGUGACGUUGGACUUGACAACGAUGCCAAGAGGGGCAGGGUCAAGUGAAGGCAAGGGAGUUGGAUGAGAUGAUCACAUAUUGAUCAUCCUCCUGAUGGCCACCAGGCAGCAACAAAAUGUAAAAUGGUUCGCAUUUACAUGCCGCGCAUAUUCAAGUGAGGUUUCUCAAGGAAUCCUUAAAAACGCGUCUGCGCGUUGCUGCUAUAGCUUCAAAAUAGGUAACAGCUGCCCUUGACUUGAAUGAAACAUCCAUUCAUUGCGUUUCUUUUUAUUUGACUUUCUGUGGCGCAGCCUCGCUGAGAGCAGUUUCAGAGGCAAUCACUUUUCUUGAUGUCAUUUUUUUUAAAUUCAAAUUAUAUACUGUUUUAUAAUGAACGACUGAUAAUAAAUGUCAAUGUUUUCUACAUUCCAUUGUUGGGGACAUGUUUACUGAGAUGUGAGUUUGGUUUUAUUUUGCAUACUUUUCUCUGGAAAUGAAUCAUCUCAAAUUUG